AUGGCCGCUCUCGCUGAAACUCAGCAGGGUGACCUAUUGACCUCGCCUGCCCGACUCCGCAAGAUCGACUUGCUUCGUGAUAAGAAUAUCGGGAAAUAUUUGCCCCUCCCCCAGCUUGUUGCAGUUGGUGACCAGAGCUCCGGAAAGUCUUCUCUCCUCGAGAGUUUGACCGGUAUUCCGUUCCCCCGCGGCCAGGAACUUUGCACCCGAUACGCCACACAAAUCACUCACCGCCGUGAGAGGACGAAUUUUAUCAACGUCACCAUUAUUCCGGGGCCCGGGGCUUCUCCGAAUGAAAGGGAAGAAUUGGAGAAAUACCACAGGCCAGUCUCAACAACUUCCGAACUGUACGACAAGCUUCCAACCAUCCUGCUGGAAGUAAACCAGCGCAUGGGCAUUCGAACCCCCCAGAACCCCUCCGGUACCAAGACAUUCAGCGAGGACGUUUUGAAGAUCGAGAAGUGUGGCCCAAAUGAGGACUACCUCACUGUCAUUGACGUUCCCGGCAUCUUCCGCAUCACUACGAACAAUGUCACAACCGAGACCGACAAGUCUAUGGUGCGCAAUAUGGUUCAAAAGUACAUUCGUGAUGACCAGACCAUUAUCUUAGCCGUGUUGCCCUGCGUUGUCGACAUUGCCACGCAAGAGAUUCUAGCUUUGGCGGAGCAGUACGAUCCCACUGGCCAGCGUACUCUUGGCAUUCUCACGAAGCCUGAUUUGCUUCGCGAGACAGCGGGAAAAAUGUUCCGAGGUGGAGACGAUGAGGGAAACGUCUUCGGUGAUAAUGAACGGGACAUCCUGUUCAAAGAUGAGCCCAGGUGUACUCUGCCUCCGGAUCGGCUUGGUGUUGUUGCUCUCCGUCAGCGCUUGCAGCAUCUUUUGGGUGACCUCACAGGCAAGGCGUUUCCGAAGCUUCGUUCAGAGACUCGGCAUCUUCUCUACAGGGCUCAAGAGGAUCUCGCCAGGCUGGGCCGAUCUAGGCAGACAAUGCAAGAGCAACAGCAGUUCUUGGUUAAUGUUGCCAGCGAGUUCCAGAAUCUGGUUCGUACAGCUCUGAACGCAGAUUACUCCUCCUGUGCGGUGUUUGAUGACGACAAAUUUCGUCUCAUUACCAACGUGCUGAAUGCAAUCGAGGAAUUUAGGACCGAUUUCAUUUCGUCAGCUCAUACUUACGAGUUCAUCCGAACUAGCGACAACCAUUCUACAGUGUCCCUGCCCAGAAUUGCCGACGACGGAUCCCCAUUUGAGCGAGUUCCUGACCUGGAUGGUGUCAUCCAGACUUGCAAGUGGAUGGCACAAGCGCUAUACUAUGUGAGCAGAGUCAUUUACAAAAUCCACGAAUUCCUCGUCAACGCUCUGGAGGUCGUUUGCUCGGACAAGAGGGCACGGGAGGAGCUUUUGUCCCGGAUAUCGGAGGACGUCGUGACAAGAUACGAGACUAGCUUGCAACAAGCGAGAUUUCUGGUGAACGUCGAGAGAGACGGCAACCCGUACACCCUGAAUGGUUUCUUUCGAAGGAAACUCGCUGAACUUCAGAGCCGCCGAAUGGAAAAGGAGCUGAGCGAGAAGAAGUCUACUCAGUUUGACAAGAGCAAGGCAAAUCCCGCGAAGGUGAUUUCCAUGGAGGACGUUCAAUCAACAAUGAGAGACAAGGAUGACGGCAAGUAUAUUGCUGAAGAGGUUCACGAUUUGAUAAAGUCGUACUAUGAAGUGGCCCGUGACCGCUUCAUUGACAAUAUCUACCUCCAAAUAAUCACCCACCACCUGGUUUCUGGCGAACAAAGCCCUCUGAGAUUGUUUUCCGAGGCUUGGGUGCUCGGCUUGGCUCAAGAAAGGCUCGACGCCAUCGCUGGAGAGUCGUCGCAAACGCGAUCGCAGCGCGAGAGACUGACCAGAAGGAUUCAAGACCUAAGUGAGGCUGUGGCAAUCCUUCGCUGA